CUCUGUUCGCUCUCUCUUGUUCCUUAAUCAUGCGUGUCACCGGCGCUCUCCGUCAGUUCGAGAUCAUCGGCCGCAAGCUCCCCACCGAGAAGGAGCCGGUCACCAAGCUCUACCGCAUGAAGAUUUUCGCCCCCAACGACAUCGUUGCUCGCUCGCGCUUCUGGUACUUCCUCUCCAAGCUCCGCAAGUUCAAGAAGACCUCCGGCGAGGUCGUCUCUUGCUCUGAGAUCCACGAGAAGAAGCCCAAGACCAUCAAGAACUUUGGCGUCUGGGCUCGCUACGACUCGCGCUCAUACCACCACAACAUGUACAAGGAGUUCCGUGACCUCACCAUCGCUGGCGCCGUCACCUCGUGCUACCGCGAUAUGGCUGCCCGCCACCGCGUCCGUGGCCGCUCCCUGCACAUCAUCAAGGCUGCCGAGAUCCCCGCCGCCAAGUGCCGCCGUGUCGCUGUCACCCAGUUCCACGACAACGCGCUCAAGUUCCCCCUGCCCCACCGCGUCCUCAAGUCCAAGGCAAAGUUCCUUGCCAAGCGCCCCCACACCUUCUUCUAAAUGUCGUGCUCUGCGGCUUUUUCUGCUUUGCUUGUCGUUUUGGCGAUUUCACCCCCAGUUGGUAUAACAAUACAACAGGAAGCACAAAUUUUCAAAUCA